UUUUUCCCAUCACAGUUUACUCUUCCUGUGUGUGUGACUGAUGAUUCUUAUAAUUAGAUUAGGAAAGUCCAGUGAUUCAAAUAUAAUGAUAAAGUAGGCAAACAGAUGACACAACAUCGACACUUAUAUAAGUUCAAACGUAAUAUUCUGUGAAUUUGCAUGCACAGUAAUAGGCCACCCACAAAAUAAAAUCAAACAAAAAUAACAAUAAAGCGAGUGCUACCUAUAAAUUUAAAUAAAAUAAAAUAAAAAUCCAAACAAUAAAGCGAAUAGGUAGAUAAAUUAGCUAGUCUGGAGGGGAUAUAUAGGCUAUUUGGAUAUAACGUGAAACUCAACAGGAAAAUCCAUUAUCAGUUAUUUGGCUGUAAUUGCACUCAAGCAGGAACUGCUGUAGCUAUGCGUCAUGGCUCAUGGGAAAGUUUCACUUCCGAUUUAAGACUAUAUAAGCUGUGUCUGAUUACAGUAAUGCCACUGAUUCAUAAUGCUGUGUCUUUUAUUCAUAUUAAGCUUCAUAAUUGGAGGUUGGUAAUGAAAAUCGUACUUUUUUACUCGCCCGAUACAAUGCAUCUCUUUUUGGUAGUAGAAUAUAUUUGUGAUAACAUCACCUAUUUUUUUUAUUUCUUUUUUUUUUUUACAGCUUAUCCUUCAGAUAUUGUUGCACAAGGAGACAAAACUGCUUUGUUUGGUCAGGACGCUUCACUAUCUUGCACAUUGCCAAGCGCGUCUGGAGUCAAACAAGUCACCUGGCAGCGGGUGCGCGCUGAUGAACGCGUUCAAACUCUGGCCACAUUCAGCGAACGCUUCAAGGAUCAUGUGGAUGAUAAGUAUGUCGGAAAAGUCAGCUUCACAAUGGCUUUAUUUAAUUCAACGUCCAUUGUGAUAAAAAACGUAACAUUUGAAGACGAGGCUUGCUACAUUUGUUCGUUCAAAGUGUAUCCAUUAGGACCCAAACGGGAAACUCUGUGUCUCACUGUUAAAGGUAUAUCUAAAAUAACAGCAACAGUCAAUCCUGCACCCAGUUCUGAACUAGAUAUUAUAGUCUCAUGUUCAGCCACUGGUAAACCUACACCAAUACUCAAGUGGAAAUCCACAGAGAAAGAGCUGAACCUCAAACUCUUAAGGUCACACAAUUUCACAACGCUCAACAAUGACAGCUCAUCCACCACUACAAGUAACCUCACACUUCCAAUGUCACAGUUCCAAGGGAAGUAUGUAGAAUGUUUGGCUGAAAGUGGCAGCAUGGAGGACAGUCUCCCAAUCUAUGUGCCUGGAGAUGAUAAAGUGAACAAUGUUACAUCAAGAAGCUAUUUCAUUACAAUUUGGGUCUUCGUUAUCAUGGUUAUUUUUAGUAUUGUCAUCAUUACAGUCAUCUGCCUUCACGCCAGGCUAAAUGGAUCCAUGUUUAGGAUGAAAUCUACAGAAUCAGAUCUUUCUCUAAAGCAGUUGGAAUGUUAACUCAGCAGCUACAGUACCUCAGAAUAUGCAUCUUGGCUUUUAUCUAUAGUAAAUUAGCACUUUCGGUUUCAAACCAGUUUGUUCUUUAAAGCAAAUCACUAAUGAAAAUGUUUUUAGUAUUAUUGCCUAGUUUUAUUAUUUUCUGUUGUUUUUUUUUUUAAAAUAUUUUAUUUUAAUUCAUUUUUUUAUUAGUUUAGUAAAUUAUUUAUUUACUAGAAAUCAUGUUUACAUUUCAGUGUACAGUAUUCUAUUGAAUUAAUAUGGCUACAAAUGUAGCAGUUACUGUACUUUUUCCAUAUCAUGGAAUUUGAAUCACUCCUUGGAGAUAGUGUUGCUUAUAUAUCUUUGAAAACAUAUUAUUUAUAUUAUACCUUAAAAUUCUCAUGGGCUCAUGCAUUUGCACUUUAAAACCUUGUUUUUGAUUGUAAUGCCAUACACUAAAUAUUUUUUGUCCUUCAUCUUUUUUUAUUUGUAUUAUUUCAUAUUUUUUGGAGUUGAAUUUGCAACAGUAACUCACAGUAUAAAGCAAUAUAAGCAAAUUGUUGGGUUUUGUUGUCAUCACAAUAAAAAUGCUAUUUAUCUUUUUGACUGUCUGUCUUGAUGUCUUCCCACAAUCCUUUAUGUCACACUUCAUAGUGGCACUGUGUUUGAGCAAUGAGGGUAAUUCGAAAUAAACAUUAUGACUCAAUACAAAGAGAGGAGCCAAACCUGUUUUCAGGAAAGUGAAAGUUACAGUACAGCAUGUGGCUUAUAGACAGAUAAAGCGAAAGUUAUGUGGUUUAUAGAAAUGAAAAGGAAAAGUGAAAGUAAUGUAUUUUAAA